CUCCCUCCUCCAUCUGACAGCUCUGAUUCAGGCGAAAGCAGCGAACACUCUUCUUUCAUAAUAUCUGGAAGUCAUGGCGCAACACUCGGCCCAAACAGAUGGACUAUGUCUUCGAUACCCCGAAGCUCUGGGAUCGCACGCGCAAGUCUCGCAAGAACAAAGCGUACAAAUGCUAUUGCGCGCGACCCAACUGGCCCAACACACGCCGUUCACCUGGACCUAUAUUGACAAACCUUCUGAGGGACAACUGUUCUUGAUCUUCCAAAUGCCCCAACUGCCCUUCCCGAUAGAUGGUCUGGUAUAUCAAGAUCGUGAGCAAAGAUACAGCAUUCCCAUCGCCGGCGGACGCGAACUGGAAGUAUCAGAGGUAAAGUUUGGGUUCAUCCCCGGCGUGGACACCUCCGCAUUCCGUGUCCGCAGACGAUUCCGCCUGUCAAAGGGCGGCCACCCCCAACUCGUUCUCAUUCACUACUCUCGAGGCCAAGCCACCCCGAUCAUGCCCAGUCUCAAUCAACCUGUCCGCAGCUACCCCCUGCGAGCAGUCAACGAGCCCGCGGUCUACGUCAUGGGGGAAAAGCAAGGCCAGAAAGUCUUCCCCGGAGGUGGUUCCGGGGCUGGACGAGGGCCCUCUGCAGUGGAUCGUGCACCACCGCCGGACAUGGGAAUGGGCUACGGCAUGCCGGGGAUGAACGUACCCGGGAACCCGCAGGCAUUGCUCGCGCACCAGAACAGCAACAUGGAGGCCUUGGAGAAACGCGCAAUCCGCGACAGGAGUGGCAGCAUGAACUCUCGCCAAGCGGCUGCUCGAGUGGACGACGACGACUCUGCAGACGAAUCCGACACAAUAUCCACCAGAACUCUGGCGCUCACCCGGUACCGCCGGAAUCACGAGUUCAUGAACGAAGUCUUCAUGUAUGCGGCGUUUGGCAACAAAAAUGCUAUCUCGCCCCCACCCCCAUUCUCGAUAUUCAAGAAGGACGACUUGGAAGAGAAAAUAUCCAAAUUGACCUCAGAGAUCGAAGAGAUGAAUGCCAAGGCCGCGGCUCGUCAGCAAGCCGCGUCAGCUGCCGCGAAUGAGAUCGCCGACGUCUCCAUGGAGGGACCGCCUAUGUCCGACCCUAUUGCUAUCUAGGUGUACUGCGUUAGUUGUUUUUGUGUAUCGUAGUGUAUCUUCUAGUAUCUCUUGCCGCCGC